GUUUUGUUGACAGCUGAGCAGCUGUGUGAAAAAAAAAUGUAUUAAAAGGCUUGACUCAUCUCACAAUCGGCAGCGGAUAAAAAGUUUUCAUUCCGUGUUUUUUCGCUGCAAAACCAACGCCCUUGUCCGGGUUUAAGGUUCACAUCCCGCCCCUCGCUAGGGGUCACAAACCGGACCUGCAAUGGAUAAGCUAAAUCCGUUCGGGGCGCUCCAGCGUUCGAUCGAAUCGCUGAAGCUGGCAGACUCGUCCAGCGGCAAGGAAAAGGUGGCCCAUUUCGGUGUGAUCAGUGAAACCAUCGUCAACGUUCGGCCUGGCACGUCCGCAGCGAACUCACCCACCUACCAAGGGCACAUCAGCAAUGCAGUGGCGGUGUUGCUAAAGUUUUGCGAAGAGUCCGACUCGGGCGUGCGUAUGGCGGCGGAAGAGAACUUGUCCCGCAUCGUGCGGCACUGCGAGGUGGCCGGAAGCAUCGUUCGCAUCCAGCGUGAUCUGUACCACGAAAUCAAGAAGAACGGAAACGAACGCUCGCUGCGCACGGCACUGUCCAUAUUUGGCCACUACUGCGGCACGAUACGGCAGCGGAAGGCUCGCACCUACGCCCAGAAUCUGCUGCCGUGCAUAUUUGCCAUCUUCAAGCGCCGCGAGCCGGCCCUGCUCGAAGGCUUGUGCUGCUUCACGGAGGUGUUUUGCGCACACCUGGAAGGCUACCUGACCGACGGCGAGGUGCUGAAGAUGACGGAACUGUUUCUGGAAGACAUCGGCUCGGACUGUGCCACCAAACGGCGCUGUGCCGCACGGAACAUGCUCGCCUUCGUGCAGGGAUCGCGCAACGCCGACUUUUACGCCAACAAUGCGUUCAACCGGUGCAUCGAGCAGCUGCUGAAGUGUGGCCAGCUGCAGCAGCAGUCAAAUACGGUGCUCGGCGUGAUGGGUUGCUUCCGGGCGAUUCUGCCGAUCGUGCUGCGCAGCUGCAGCGUGGAGAAGGCGAUCGAAACGUACGACCUGUGCCUGCACUUCCUGCGCGAAGGCACGCACACGAUCAUCAACGCCACGCUGGAGGUGUUGCUGGUGAUACUGGGCAACGUGCAGCCGGCGGUGCGGAAGGUGCUGCUGUCGGAACAGUGUGACCAUCGGCGGAUGCUGCUCAAGCGCAAGACGCUGAAAAACUCCAUCUUUAAGAUUAACCCUAGCGACAGUUUGCUUUCGUCGCGCAAAUCCAGCACGGACGCACGGUCCGAUGUGCUGCUGCGGCCCGGUUCCUUGCCGCUGCUAACCUUCACUCCGACGAAAUUUGCGCUCCCCGUAGACGAUCGUUCGCUCGCUUCCGCCUCCGACAUUGAGCUGGAUUCGCUGAAGAGUAUGGAUCUCGAUGCGGCCCCCGCCCUACAGCUCGAAAGUUCCGGGCCGCUGGACGGGGGAGCAAGUGGGGCGAACAGCUCCAGCACCGUCGCACCCGACUCACUGUCGCUGAAAAGCCAAAAAUCUACCGACUCGAUCGGAUCGUUCAUCAACACGCUGCUCACCAGCUCGAAUGCGGCCGAAUCGGUCACGAAGUUUUUCCGCAAAUCCAUCGACAAACCGCUGCCGGACGACGGGGAGGAGGAGGAUCGGCUGUCGAUGGACUCGAUGGCCAGCAGCCACAUGUCCUCGAACGCCGAAACGAUACGGGCCGAGCUGGAUGUGACGCUGGAAACGGAGCACGAUACCGACCCGAUCACCGUCGUACCGGCGCCGGGCGUACCGGUUGCACCAACACCGACACCAUCCCGGGACACGCUCGAGGUUCCGCUCAGCACUUCGAUGGUGGCGGAGGAACUGGGUGCCGAAGGCACGCGGGAACUAUUUAUCGGCACCAUCCACGAUCAGAAUUUGCUCGAAUUUACGGCACGAUUGGUCUGCUCGCGGUUUCUGCUUGCCGGCACCAGGCAUGCCCUCAUACCGGAUGCAGUGGUGCGCGUGUCUGUCAAGAGCCUCUCGAUGCAGAUUGUGGCGGCCUGUGUGCGGAUGAAGCCGGAGCUACUUGCCCUCCCGCUCGAGAAGGACACGUUCCGGGAGGAGUUUGCCGUGGUGGAAAUUUUAAACCUGGAAGACGCGAUAAAUGAGCUGUCGCAGCAAGCGUCUCCGGGCGAGGACGAGCCGGACACUGCCAAUGCCGGCACGCCGGUACCGGAGGAGGCCGGCUCGGAGCUGCUCGAAAUGAAGGAGGAUCACUUUGGCGAGUGUACCAGUGCGACCUACUUUGAGUACUUCUCGCCGAUGUCGCUCAGCCUCGAUCAGGGCUUAAAGUCGAAGCUGAAAUCGAUCGAAGAAAACUUCUCGAUCGACAACAAUGAAAAGCUAAGCCGCGAUCUGGACGCUAUCCUUUCCCAGUCCGAACCGGGCCCGGGUGCUAGCCUUGCCGGGCCGCAGCCGGGACCCGCUCGCAGACGGGAAUUGUUGGUCGUACCAAAGGUGAUAACGACCAUUAAAAACGAACAUCGCGUAGCGGGCAGUCGCCCGUCGACGGCCGAGCUGCCGGAUGAGCAGAGGGCACUGACGGCGAUGACGAUUUCGAACCGCAAGGAGCCACCGGAGGACGAGGACCAGCAGCAGCUGCUCGCCGAUGUGCUGCUGUUUUACGACAGUCCGGACCCAACGCUCCGAGGCACGGUGCAAUUGAUUGUGGGCAACUUGAUGCGUGCUGCCGUCGAUCGCUGCGGCAGUUACCGGGAGUUUCUGCGCACGAAAGUACCGAACGGUGCCACACAAUCGUUCUUGAGUGAGCAUAAACUGCUGAACGUUGUUGUGCAGGGCCUUUCGGAUGAAAUACACACGGUCGUAAAUCAGGCACUAUCGUCGGUAGAACUUUUCUUCAACGUCUACUUCCAAAGCCUUGCGACCGGCAACAGUCGCGCCGCUAAAGUGCAAAAACCAACCUCAACCAUUCCAUUCCAAUCGGCCAGCAGGAAUAUAUUUCUAGACGACAGCUUAAUGGUCAAACCGGCACCGAAUCUCCUACCGGGCUACAUAAAAACGCUUCUCGAUCGUCUGUUGCUGCUGUCCCACAACAAGUACUGGCUGGUACAGUGGAAACUGUUUGAUUUGAUCGUUCAGCUGGACUACGGUUGCAUCAAAGCGCACGGUUACCAGGGCGACCAGCUGCGCGACCAGGUGCUCGAUCAACUUUUGGCCGGUUUGAGCGAUGGCGAUCUCCGCGUGCGCAAUCAUGCGGGCGAACGAUUGCUUCACUUUCUCGAGUGUAGCGCGUGGAACGAUUCCUCCGUGCGACAGAAGCCAAAUCGCCAACCCAAACCAUCGGUUGUUGGCGAUUUUGUGGAUCAAUUUGUGCUCGGUACGUUCGCUGCACCGUUUGACCGUCGACGGCAGGGUAGGACGAACAUGGGCGAAACAGUGCCAGACUACAGUACGGUGUGCCGUGUAAUGUACAGGAUUAGCAAUCUGUUGCUGAAAAUUGGAGACAAAAAUCUUCAGUCUGGCAUAAUUCAUUUUGUACGCAUAUUUAUGGAAAAAUAUGACGUUUUCGAUUUUGUCGACCUGUGGAACGAGUACAAUCUGGUUAGCGUGCUGUUGAGCUUGCUGCUGGGGAUGAAUAGCACCGUCGUGGAUCUUACCGUGCACGCGGAUCUGCUGUGGAUAUGUUCCCAGAUGAUUGUUGCUGUUUUGUCAAGCAGCACCACAAACGCGGUAACAGACGGUGAAUCGAUGAACAAAUUCAUCAUCCACCUGCUGAAGCUGCUCAACAUCUACCAUCACGUGUACACCAACACCGUCCCGCUGGUCAUGAACCGGACGCAAAAGGCGGACAUCUUCAUGAACACCAAAGAACUGCAGCAAAUCAACUGCUUCGGAUAUUUCGGCAGCGAUCACGCGUACAUGAAGCUCUACCAGCAGGUGCGCUGCUCGAUGGAAAGCUACCGCAUCUCGAUCAACGCCGAAUCGGGCCAGAAGCUGUUCGACUGUCUGCGGGCAGCGACCGAAGCACUGUGGACGCUGCUGGAACUGAAAUCCCUCUCCGCCAUGACAAACGGUAUGAAGUUUGUGGAGGAAGUGCUGCGCUACUUGCAAACGUUCCUGCCCCUCGAACCCGACCACUGUGUGCGGUGUGCGCGAUUUUUGCUGCGAUUCGUGUUUCACGCAAAUUACACGAACCGCACGCCGGAAGUGACAUACUUCCGCCAGGCAUCGCUGGCGGAAUCGCCGAACGCGGUAGCGUCGGAGGAGUUCUUCGCCCGUUACUACGACUUUUGCAAAACCAAAGCGAAACCGAUCACGCCGGAAAUCGGUGCGUUCGUGAAGCUGUUCGAACCGCUGGUAAUAACGUGCCUGAAGCUGUUCACCAAAAUGCGCCCGACGGUGCAGGCGAGCAUUUUGCAGCUGCUCUGCCAGCUGCUGGACUUUAGCAUCAACUACCAGCUGCUCGACGCUAGCAACGUGUUCGUGGAGUCGAUCUUCAAGCACAUCGAAUCGAUCGAACGCAGCACGAUCGACGAUUCCGAGGAGCUGGUGCGGCAGGUGGUGCGGUUUCUCUUUCAGCUGAGCGGGCUGGUGCGGGAGCAACCGCUGGUAACGAUCCCAAAGAUUAUCAACAUUUGCGACAACCUGCUGGCAAACAAUGUGAUACGCCGGACGGCCAUCGCCUCGGUGCAGGCGCUUUCGCACGAGGUGUUUCUGUUGCGGCUGAGCCGGAGCAGCGCGCUGCCGAAGGUGCUGGAGGCAUCGGAAUGCAGCACGCAGAAGGAGGUGGUGCUGAACAUGCUGAUAAAGUUCCCGGACGAGCUGGACGCGUACCGCAUCGUGCCGAUGAUUAUGUACAGCGAGCGGCUGCACGACGGCGACGGUACGCAGGCGGCAAACUGCGAGGCGGACGUGCUGGCCGCUCUGCUGCAGGUGCUGGGGGAUGGGAAGCUGGUGAUGCAAUGCAACGCGGACUACUUUAUCGUGCGGCGGUUGUUUGAAUGCUUCGGCCGCAACCAGCUGCUGGAGAGCAAGGUGGUGCUUCGCUUUGUGGAGAUAUUUUACACCACGAUCGUGAGCGAGUCGUGGAAAUCGCUGCAGAAAAUCACGUACGGUGAAUUGAUUUUGCGCCAAGUGUUUCAGCAAACGGAGGGAAGCUAUCUGUUGAAUCACGUAGGAUUGUAUCUCCACAAGCAACACAAGGCGCCCGAGGAUGAAGAAGGAAAGGAGCACGAAAGCGAUACAGCACGACCUACGGAAGACGUCGUUCAACCGGCGGCUCAGAGCUUGGCUAAAAUAUUGGUCCGCUAUCUUGGCGAGUGUUUCACCGUGCUGGACGAGCUGAGCAUCACGUACAACCCGCCGCGAGAGACUGUACAGUUCACGUACGAUGUGAUCGAGCGGUUCAUUGGUACGCUGAACCGCGCGACUGGUAGCGCUGACGUGAGCCGCGCACUGGCGGAACAGAUGCCACUGGAGUUGAUCCGAUGGUGCAGCCUGCCGGCACCCGUUGCCCGCCGGCUGUGUGAGCUGCUGUUAAAGCACGGGUUCGAUCUGGAGCUAAUGCUGUCGUUGAUUCGUAACGAGGAGUACAACGUGCGAAACGAUCGCAUGGUCACCGUACUCAUCGAGACGCUGCUGGAACACAAACCGAACGAGUUGAAAUGGCCACGCAGCGAGGUGUCGGCUCUACUGGCCAGCGAAACGGCCCUCCUGUCCGACCAGUUCCAACCGCUGCUGCUGUGCCACAUUGCGGAUGAGGAAUUCUCCAAGCAAAUUGUCAAAACCAUCAUGACAGCCGUGGAAGGCAAGCUGUCCGGCGUUCAGCGUACGCUGCUGGAAAAGGCACCGCUCACGACGCUCCCGCUCAUGUGCAGCCGGUUAACCGAUCUGCUCGCCACGGUCAACAUAGUGACCUCGCGCAACGCUGCCCUCAUUCUCGACCACAAGCUGGGCGCGCUGGUGCAGCUCGGUGCGGCCGGGCUGAAGGAUAGCGCCGUGCUGACCGUGCUGCCGGCGGAUGAUUUUCACCAUCUGUACUCUCGCUUCAACGGUGACUGCAGGCGGAAGUUCCCGAAGCUGUUCAAAACGCUCUCGCAGCUGAAACAAUACUACGAGAGCGUUCCGGACGAGUGCUUGCCAUCGGCACUGCCAACCAUCGAUACGGCCGCGCUGAAGGAUCUGCCCGUCGAUGAGGCGUGGUUCCUGCGGCAGGUAGCGUACCACUGCGCCGGCACCUCGUACACGAAACCGCGCCACAUUGCUAAAAUGCUGCACGAAAUCAAAUCCGAAAGCAAGCUGAUCAACCUGCUCUCGAGCGGUUCGCUCAACGUGCGGCUGCUGCGCGACAUCAUUGUGGUGGCGUUCGAGAGCAUGUUCCAUGGGUUCCGCACCGAUUGUGUGCAGUUCAAUCCGCAUCUAAACUACCUGAAGGUGCACCCGAUGCUGAAGGUGACCCUCAUCGUGCUGAUGCGAAAGCUAGCCGAAGCGAAACAGAAGCCGGACGAUACGGCCGCGACGAGACAGUGUGCCGAGUCGGUAAUAUGUUUCCUCGAAUAUCUGAAGCGACUGGAGCACCUGUGCCUGUUCUACAUCGAGGGCAAGCUUAUCGAUCGCUUCGUAAAGGAGCAUCUGCUCAAGUCGAACUUUUUCGAAACACUGCUCUCGUUCGGCGGCGUCUGUGCGCGCGCUGUGGAGCAAGAGCCGGCCCAAAACGUUACGCACCGCGAGCUGUAUCUGCGCUGCAUCGGGACGAUCGUACACCAGCGCUAUCUUUGGAACGAGUUGAACCAAAACGAUCGAUACCGUGGCGAUGUGGAGCAGUACAUCAAACUCAUGUACAGGCUGAUCGAAGGAUCCCUGCUAGACGAGCAACUGUUGGCUCGUCGACCAUUACCGGCUGUAUUUGAGCGCUUUCUAGCAGCAGAGCAUGCCGAUGCGAUGGAAGUUUACCUGCAAGCGAUCGUUAUAGCGGAAUUUGUGUCCGAUCCGGGCGCGAUGGCGAAAAACCUUGCCAUGAGUGAGGGUAUCGUGUCCUUGGUGGAAUCGAUCGCCAUACCGCUGCUGAAGUUGGAUCGAUUCUAUCCCUACGCAUUGACGCCGUACGAAUUGUACGAUUGCUACACCUCGCUAGACGCACUGGAAGGUGGUGGAACGCCGAAGCUACCGGCCGUACCGAUCGAACAUUUGUAUGACGUUGAGCUGUUGGAACUGUUUUUAAAAAGAGCAAACGUUUUCGGGUUCUCGUCGCGCCAACAGUUCGAGGAGCUGUUUAUGUCACUGAUGGUGCUGCUGAACCGCUCGGAGGAUCCCAUUUUCGUGAGCCUGGUCGAGCAGCGGGAAAUCAAAAACAUGUGCCUGCAGGCUGUAAUGUCGCUGCUGCUAGCGUGCUACCGCUAUCCAUGGAUUGGCUUUCGGGAGGGCAAGUUUCAUCAUACAACGCGCAAUCCCAACAUAAAAUGUGACACUAUUGGACUCAAAAAGCUCCACAACGUGCAGCUGUACAUUCCGCUGAGCAACGUGUUCUAUCAGCCCAACCUGGAGCGCCGGCUGCUCAUUACCGGUACGGACGAUCUGUACUCGCUGGACGACAGCAGCAUCGGCACGGUGCGGUUUGAUCAGAAUCAGCUGUCGCUCGACUAUUUCUGGGAGCUGAUCGAGCGGACGACAGCGCAGGCGGGAGGCAACAACAGCCUGCCGGUGGAAUCGUUGGUCGUCCGCAACAAGCGCCACUUUGUGGAGAAAAUUAACAUCGACAGCGCGAGCUCGAUGCAGCUGAUCUACGACGUGCUGAAGCAGCUGAUCGAGGACGAUCCUGCGCUGGUGCUGCCACACUUGGUCAACUUUUGCGAAAUGGUCGACAAUCGGGAGCAAAUCUUUUGGCUCAACCAGCUGCUGCUGAAGCUGCAGGAGCGCGUCCCAAUGGAAGAUACGCUAUCGCAGCAGCACAUCAUUUACCUGCUGUGUCGCCUGGCGGCCCUGCUCGUGCCGACGAUGGCCGAUCUGACGCACCUGUGCACCAUCAUUCCGACGUAUCUGAAAAGCACCCAGCUGUACAUCCGCAAUGCAACGCUGCAGGGGCUCAUCUGUCUGCUGGAGUGUCUGAUCAAAACGAACUCAUCGAUCGGUGCGCUGAACGACGAGCUGCACCUGCUGCGCAACGUGAUAGUGAACUAUAUCGUCAAGCACGGCAUCAUCGAGGAAAGUUCGGGCGCCUUCAGCGAUCUGCACACGAAGCUGGUUUGGGCGCUGAACUUUUACCUGAUUGAGCACACGUCCCGGUUCGUGCCGGACUGCAACCUGCUGUCGAACAGUAUCAUUUCCGCCAACAACAUACUGAAACGGACCACUAAUUUGGAGAUUUAUCUGUGCAUCUUGAACGGUUUGGAGCGUCUAAUCGUCACCGAUCGAGUGCCGCGCGCGCUGCACGAAAAGAUCGAAAAGCUUGCGAUCGAUCUGGUGAAAAUCGACAACGAGAUGUUUUCGCUGUCCGCCCUCAAGCUGCUGGUCACCUGCAUCUAUCGCAGCUGCAACGAGCAGCUCGAGAGUACGGAACGCUGCAACGGCAUCGUGCAGGACGAGCCGGACAUCAUAGUGCAGCAGAUCGACAAGAUAGAGAUACUGUUUGCGAAAAUCCGCACCACCACCCCGCUCGGCGCGAAGGUGUUUGGCGAGGUGCUGUGCCAGCUGAUACGGGACCUGCUUCCGCCCAACGAGAUACUGACGAAGGUGUUCAAGGAGCUGAUGCUGAACCAACCGAACCCGGACAUUAUUGCGAGCGUCACGUAUCAGCUGUUCCGCUCGGCGAUCGAUUCGUCCUACCUGGCGCUGCUGCAGGAAUGGUUGCUCUGCUCGCUGCCCAACUUCCUGUCCUUUCCGCAGGUGAACAAGUCCGUCUGGUGCCUGACGGUCAUCUUUCUUUCGGCCUCGCUAAACCAGCACCUGAUCAAGCUGCUGCCGGAGGUGCUUUCGCUACCCUCCUACCAGCAGCUGAACGAGCGGGAAGUGAACAAUUUCAUCCUCUCGGCCAAGGAUUUCUACGCGCGCCUCGAACCGAACGGGAGCCAGAGGGCCAAAUUUAAGGACAUUUUCCGCCAGCACGAUUCCUUCGUAUUCCAAUGCCUGGUGCAGUGUCUGUGAGCUGUGGCAGUGGUUCCUUUAUUUGCAAUAUUCAGUCAAUAGUGCAGUGAAUCUAGUUGUUUAAGAAAAUCAAGUUUAAAAUGACAACGAUUGAUUUGAUGUUAUUAUAUGCCUUUAAAGUUUAUUUGUUUUCGUUUGUAUGUAUCGCACAAUGGUUACAUUGUUAGUGCCGCUGUAUUUGCGUUCGUUUUCAUCGUCUGUGCUAAUGCUAGUAAUGGUAAAUCGCGUUUCAAUAAAAUUAAAUUAUGCUCCCUUCACUAA